AUGGCACACACACCCAACACCUCUCAUCUACAAAGCUCGACGGAUGGUAGCAAUUUUCCCAUUAAUUUACCAUUAGGAGUUCCUACCCAGGCCGUCCUUAACAAUUUUAUGACGACUGACGCCGUUGGUCCAUAUGGUAAUCCGGACCCGAAGAAUUCAGUAAUAUACACAGUCGCUAGUGAUGGUACCCCGAUAAUUCCUGUAAUUUCUUACGAUAACCCGAUCGUUACCAGUGUGCCUCCAUCGUCGCCACCACUGGCUAAAUUUCGCAAGAAGGACAUCUACAUUGUAAUAGCUGCAUUAGCGCUUAUUAUGGCGGGCGCUAUAAUGAUGGGAGUGGGCAAAUCAUCCUAUGAAAGUUGUGACAAUAAGUGUGCACAGCAGUACCUUGUCACCAUUUCUCUUCAAUCUAUUAAUAAUUACAAUGUCUGUCUUGACAAAUGCAAAAAACCAUAUAAUGCAUUAAAAGGUACCGGCAUUGCCCUUUUGGUUAUUGCAAAUACAGCAACUACAAAAUCAACAGUCAAUGCAGCAGAUGCAAAUAUAAGAUAA